AUGGCAAAAACUUACGACUAUUUAUUAAAAUUACUUCUGAUAGGAGAUUCAGGGGUAGGCAAAACGUCUAUACUAUUCAGAUUUUCUGAAGAUGCGUUCAAUAUAUCUUUUAUAUCAACUAUUGGUAUUGACUUCAAAAUACGGACAAUAGAUUUGGAUGGAAAAAAAGUUAAGUUACAAAUAUGGGAUACAGCUGGCCAAGAAAGGUUUCGUACAAUCACAACUGCAUAUUACCGUGGUUCUAUGGGCAUUAUGCUGGUAUACGAUGUUACAAAUGAGAAAAGCUUUGAAAACAUAAAAAACUGGAUUAGGAAUAUUGAAGAAAAUGCAAGUGCAGAUGUGGAAAAAAUGAUACUUGGAAAUAAGUGUGAUUUAGAUUCUAAAAGACAGGUUUCAAAAGAAAGAGGAGAACAAUUAGCUAUAGAGUACCAGAUAAAGUUUGUGGAGACAUCAGCAAAAGACUCACUUAAUGUUGAGUAUGCAUUCUUCACUCUAGCAAGAGAUAUCAAAGCUAAAAUGGAGAAAAAGCAGGAAGCAAGUAAUCCAGCUCCAAGAAGUGGAGCGCAUCAGCUACGUGCAAAUGAACAACAGCGCAAACCAACGUCAUGGCUGUCACGUUGCAGUCUGCUCUGA